AUGGAUGGUGGAAUUGACGAAUGGAUGCCUACCUUAGAGAAUCAUCUCUCCGGGCUAAGGGUCCCGAAUAUGGCUCAUUGGACUCUGCAUGACUGGGGAGAUGAAGAUUGCAUCAAAAUCUUGAAGAAUUGUAAAGAUGCUCUUCCGAAAGGCAAAGGAAAGGUGAUAAUAGUUGAGGCGUUACUUAAAGAAGACGGAGUCGGAGUCGAGGAAGCGGAAGAGAAGGUGAAGGAAGAAGACGAUCUUGAGUAUGUGAGGCUCAUGUUGGAUAUGGUGAUGAUGGCUCAUACUGAAACCGGAAAAGAAAGGACACAAAAACAAUGGGAAGAUGUUCUCAACAAAGCUGGCUUUUCUCGAUACACUGUUCAUUGCAUUCCAGCCGUUCAAUCUGUGAUCGUUGCUUAUGCUUGAUCGAUCCUAGAUUUAAUAAAAAUAAAUAAAGAUAUUUCUUUAUUAAUGAAUGUUGGAAUGUUGGAAUGCUAAUAAAGUUGUAA